ACUAUCAUUCGUGAGCAUGCACCACAAUGUCACAUGAUAGUAUGUGUGUUUUGGUGUAGCAGUUUUAAUAAUCGAUUUCGCUUACUGUCUCGUAACAUCCAACCAUUAUCAUGUGUGUGUAUGCUCUACAGUGUCACAUAUUGAUAGUGUGUGUUUCGAGACUUGCCGCUUAACGUGUUUGAUGUAAUACUCCAUAGCUGUAGCGCUGUUUACGUGUUCCUUGAUAUCGACUCGUUUACCAGUGGGACAGCUUAUACAGUUUUAAUAAAUUCAUACGCCUCAGAUGUGAUUCACGCAAUGAACCGUUUUAUACUCUUCCGUCACACUCAAAGCAUCCAUUCCUAUCAACUACUGAAACAGUCGUGUGAAGCUCUUGGAACUGACAAGAAACAGUUGUUGAGAUUUUUGAGUGGAGGAUACAAACCGAAAGCAAAUAAAUAUGUUCUCAAGAUAGCAGCUGCUACAUUGGGAAUUACAGCAACAUGGGGUCUAUACAGCCAUUACAGAGGAAAGGGAUCAUUUUGGGAUGCUGUUGCAUCAAUUUCAGAAACAUUCCAAAACAAGAAUCAGUUGAGGCAAUAUUCACUCAAUGAUGUUGCUGCACACUCCAAUAGAAAUACAGGAAUAUGGGUAACAUACAACUGUGGAGUUUAUGAUAUCACAGAUUACACUGAACAUCACCCAGGUGGAGAUAAUGUAUUGUUAGCUGCUGGAGGAUCAUUGGAGCCUUACUGGAUGAAAUACCCUGUUCAUAAAAAUCCAUCUGUUCUAUCCCAAUUAGAGAAAUACAAAAUAGGUACUUUGGAAAACUGUGAAGAAACUGGUGCAGCUUCUCAAAUAAAUGAAAAGCCAAAAUCAUCCUCCAAAAAGAAUAACAUUCCAGAUGUGGAUCCAGCAUCUUAUGCCCUUGAGAUUGAUGGUCUUAAUGACCUAUCUCUCAAAAUUCGACUGAACACACUGAAAAAUGAUUUUCCUAGACAUACAGUGACUACUGUAUUGAAGUGUUCAGGAAACUGUAAAAGUGGAGUAACUGAGGUCAAAGAAAAUCAGUGGUCUGGAGCAAGACUAAUAGAUGUUUUGAAGGCUGCAGGGUAUGAUCAGGGUCAUACAGGAGUGCAAAACAUUCAGUUUGAAGGAUUGGAUCUUGCUGUACCAGGUAUGCACUAUGGUACUAUAAUCUCUUUUGAAAAAGCCAUGGAUCCGAAAAGUGACAUAAUCUUGGCUUAUGAACUGAAUGGAGAGCCUCUUACAAAGGAAAAUGGAUUUCCCAUCAGAGUUUUGAUGCCUGGUAUACCUGCUGGUCGUCAAGUAAAAUGGCUAGGACGUAUAAUUCUUUUGGAAGACAAAGAAGAUUCUCUGUAACAUGAGCACCAAGAAGGAAGAAAGAAAAUAAAACUGAAGAAAGAAUAAUGAUGGAGGUAGUUGUCUUUCUUUGGAGCAGACAUGCAGAAUACUGGAAAACAAUCUUAAUUAAAGGAUACAUAAUGAAAUAUCACAUGCAUAGAAAAGCUGAAUAGAAUAUUUUGGGGAGUUAUCUUACAACUGACCAUACACUACUAUAGUAUAAGGCAUUAUCAUUAAAACUAAGUAAGACUAUUGUAAUCAUAAAAGCUAACUAUGUGCAAUAAAUGUUCCUUGAAAAGAAAAAAUAUUGUAUAAAGGCCCAUAA